AUGGAUAUGAUUGGAUCGAUAGAACCAAAAGCAUCGAAUGGUCACUGGUUCAUCUUGGUGACUAUUGAUUAUUUUACAAAGUGGGUGGAAGCAGUAACUUUCAAGUCAGUGACGAAGAAGGUCGUGGUGGAUUUCAUCCAUUUCAACAUCAUCUGUCCGUUUGGUAUUCCAAAGGUGAUUAUAAUUGAUAACGCUGCAAAUCUCAACAGCCACUUAAUGCAAGAGGUAUGCUACGAAUUUAAGAUUGAACAUCGAAAUUCGACUCCGUAUCGCCCAAAGGCAAACGUGGCUGUAGAAGCUGCUAACAAAAAUAUAAAAAAGAUACUUCGUAAGAUGGUGCAAAGUUCUCGACAAUGGCAUCAAAAGUUGCCUUUUGCUAUGUUGGGUUAUCGCACUACAGUCCGUACGUCAGUGGGCGCAACCCCAUAUUCACUGGUAUACGGGACUGAGGCAAUUAUGCCUGCAGAGAAUGAGAUCCCAUCUUUAUGA